AUGAACUGUGUGCGCAUGCGGCUGCAAUGCCGCUUGAUGCAAUCUCCCAACACUCUGGCUCGCUGGUGUCUGGAUUCACCACAGAAAACCCACACUUUCCACCGUCCUAGGAUACCCAUCGUCGCACUGAGACAAGCCUCUACCUCGGUGUCGCCAAAGACCAGGGAAACAGAAGCCGACGCAAAAGCCAAGAAGCUGAGCCAGAAGCGACUUGAUGAGCACGAGGAGGAGGUCAGGGCGCGUGAGCAACAAGUAAGGCGCCCAUGGCUUCGUGAAGGUGCCGAUAAGCCUCCGGUCGAGGGAAAUGGAGACAGCGCUGAGCCCAUAGCAAAAGGCAAGCUCCUUACAACACCGACUCGUCUCCUCAAGCUCAUACUCCCUCUGCCCCUUCGGGUCGAGAAAGACCAAGAUAACAACAGCCAUAGCAAUGAGUAUGGCCGUUCGAUAUCACUCAACAGCGAAAUCCAGCCACUCGCUCUCCUCAUACACCCACAACAACCGCUUUCCUACGUCGAACGUCUGAUCCAAGCCGAGCUUCCACCCGUGAUUGAAAAUGGCAAGGAGAAAAUCCCCAACGUCUACUUCCGAGCUGAAGACACGCAACAAGGCGACCAGAAGCCCACGAGUCGCUCCGAAGCGAGAUCCAAAGAUGACGGCGGUGAGCCUAGCGAGUACAAUACCAACAUGUCACAUGUGGCCUCAUACUCCGGACUCGGCCACAGAGGCCCCAAGCGGAGUUCAGAAGAUAAGAGAUGGGUACGGUGGAGCAGCAGUACCGAGAUGGGCGACUUUAUUCGGGACGCGGCGCGCGGCCGCGAGUUUGCGGUCGAAAUCGAAGGAUACCACAUCGAGAUGCGCGUAAGCGUGCCCUCUUUCGGAGACCGGACAUUCUACAUGCGCCAGCGUCUGCGCAAAAUGAGCAGCGAGAUCGAUGGGCUUUCCAAGCUCAAGCAAGAGUGCGAUCUUUUGGCACACCGGAGUGCUCAUCGCCUAGCCAAGGGCGGCUUUGGCCUGCUUGCUGGGUGGUGGGGAGUAGUGUACUAUGUGACGUUCCAUACUGAGUUCGGCUGGGACCUGGUCGAGCCGGUGACGUACUUGGCGGGACUGACAACCAUCAUGGGCGGUUACCUGUGGUUCCUCUACAUCAACAAGGACCUUAGCUACAAGGCGGCCAUGAAUGUGACGGUUUCGAGAAGGCAACAUGCCUUGUACGAGAUGAAGGGCUUCGACAUUGAACGGUGGGAGCAGUUGGUCCAGGACGCGAACGCGCUGAGGAGGGAGAUCCGAGUGAUUGCGGUUGAAUACGACGUUGACUGGGAUGAGGCGCGCGACGUUGGUGAAGACGUCAAGGAAGUUCUCGACGAAGAAACCACCAGGAAAGAUGACGAAAGCCGGUCUAUCGAGAAGGAGAAGGACGAGAAGUUUACCGAGGAGGAAAAGAGGAAACGCAAGAAGGAGAAAGAGGCCAAGAAGGAAUCGGGAGAUUCAUAA